AUGGCGCAGCGUGUCAAGUACCUGGUUGCGGGUGCCGUGUUGCUAUCGUCAUACACCGCGGCCCAAUUUGUGCCAGCACCUACCGAUUUGAUCACUAAAGAAGGGUACGCGGGAAUCAACGUCCGCUACAAGCAAGUCCCCGCAGGUAUUUGUGAGCUGGACCCCAAUGUCAAGAGUUACUCUGGCUACGCGGACGUCGAUGAAGACCAACACAUUUUCUGGUGGUUUUUUGAGGCUAGGAACCAAGAUCCUACAGAGGCACCCCUCACAGUCUGGAUCAAUGGAGGGCCAGGGUCAUCCUCCAUGAUUGGGCUGUUCCAGGAGCUAGGCCCCUGUGGAGUGGAUAUUGAUGGGAAACCGUACAACAAUCCUUAUUCGUGGUCCAACGUGAGCAAUAUGCUCUUUAUCGACCAGCCGGCUACUGUCGGGAUGUCAUACUCGAUUCCAAUUCCAGCGUAUGAGGAUGGCAGUGGCAACAUUGUGCAACUACCAAACGAGACGUGCCCGGAUUUUGCCGAGGUAUAUGGAACAUGUGGAACAUAUUCGAAGCCAGACAUAUCCUUGGUUCCCAACUCUACCCUGGGAGCUGCGCCUAACAUGUGGAAAACACUGCAAGGCUUCAUGGGUGCUUUCCCGGACUAUUCGAGAAGUGGUUUCAGUUUUACCACUGAAAGUUACGGAGGGCAUUACGGUCCGGUAUUCAAUGGUGAGAACCUUAGCCUGGGGUACCUCGUAUUGUCUUCUAACAGUAACCCAGAGUAUUUCCUGGAACAGAACGCAAAAGACAUUCCCGGGGCCCACAAGAUUGGACUCGAGAAUGUCCUGAUAGGAAACGGCUGGUUCGACCCACUGAUCCAGUACCAAGCCUAUUACAACUUUUCGGUGUAUCCGGGAAACACCUACGAUUAUGAUCCGUACAACGACACUGUGAAGGCUGAAUGGUACAACAAUCUCUACGGAGCCGGGAACUGCGUGGAUCAGACCAUUCAAUGCUACACCACCGGACGCAAUGAUAUUUGUUCAGCAGCUGAUAACUUCUGCGCCUCUAACGUUGAGUAUCCCUUCGAUGUUUACUCUGGCAGGGACGAAUACGAUAUGAGAGAACUCACCCCUGAUCCAUUUCCGUACUCAUUCUAUGUCGACUACCUGAAUACCCCAGAAGUGCAGGCGGCUAUUGGAGCAUACCAGAACUUCUCUGAAAGUUCAGGAACAGUCAGCCAAGCAUUCGGAAACACUGGAGACGAUGAUCGAGAAUCUGGGACUAUUGAGGCUGUGCGGAAGCUGCUUCAAGCGGGUAUUCAAGUCAUUCUCUACUACGGAGAUGCUGACUAUAAUUGCAACUGGUUCGGUGGCCAGGUUGUCGCAGCCGAAAUCAACGCUCCUGGAUAUGAGGAUGCCGGAUUCGUCAACAUCACGAGUUCGGAUGGCAUCGUUCACGGACAAGUUCGACAGAGCGAUUUAUUCAGCUUUGUCCGCAUCUAUGAGUCCGGCCAUGAGGUUCCUUUCUACCAGCCACUGGCAUCACUCGAGCUGUUCGAGAGAGCACUUGCCCGCAAAGACAUUGCAACCGGCGAGGAUGACGUCUCUUGUGCCCGCGGUAGCUACAGGACGUUGGGCACACCCACGAGUGACUAUAGAGAAGGGAACAGCACCAUCGUGUUGGAUGUCCUUCCCAAAAAUGCCACAUACAACACGGCCAUCAAUGGGCCCGACCCGACACCGACACCAUUCGCCAGUGCCAAGAUGAAGCGCGACCAGACAGAGUUUAGGAAGACGAAAAGCUAUACUAAGCUUGGUAGGCCGCGUCGAUCGAAGGGUGGUAAGCGGGUAGCGUAA